AUGAUUAAAGUCGCUAUCAAACGAGCGAAGGUUGCUGCCAGUCAGAGGUCGGAAGAUGGUCUUUCUAAACAAUACGGCGGAGUUCACUCUGAGGGUUGGGUCAACCGCCUCCCGUCCUCGUGGAUCGCUUACGUGCAGCUCUCACGACUGAGUCCGCCAGCCGCUUUGUUCCUCAUAUUUUUCCCUCACCUCUUCGGCGUUAUACGCGCUGCGAACACCCUCAACGUUCCCGCCACAGAGGUGAUCCGCACUUGUCUUCUCCUCUUUGGAGGAAGCUUUUUCUGCAGCAAUGCUAGCCAUGCAUGGAACGACCUCGUCGACGCUCCGAUAGACAAGGCCAUUGCUCGAACCAAAACUCGUCCCAUCCCUCGUGGUGCCAUUACUCCUCUUGCUGCAUUCAUAUUUGCAGUCUCCCAAGCAACUGGAGCUCUUUCAUUCUUGUAUUUCCUGCCCGCAGAGUCGGCCAAGGCUGCGAUUCCAACUGUUAUCGGAACCAUCUACUAUCCCUAUGCUAAACGCCAUACGAACCUGUCUCAGUUGGUGCUCGGAUUUUGCCUCUCCUGGGGCAUUAUGGUCGGCAGUUCGGCCGUGGGUGUGAUCAAGCCAUGGACAGAUCCAUCGACCGUCUUCCUGCUUGUCGCUUCUAUUCUCUGGGUCAUACUCUUUGACACCAUAUAUGCACACCAGGAUCUGGCCGACGACGUGAAAAUUGGCGUCAAGAGUAUCGCAGUCCUUUUCCACCAUAAUGCCAGAGCACUGUUAUGGGCUCUUUACCUGGGCAUGAUCGCUUCGCUAGUGGCAUCUGGUUACCAUGGGCAGUUGGGUGUUUUGUAUUAUGCUUUCACUGUUAUCGGAUGUAUGUUAUCAGUGGGCACGAUGGUCGUCAAAGUGGAUUUGAAGAGCCCUGCUAGCUGCUGGCUGUGGUUCUCGCAAGGAUUUUGGCUUACUGGGCUGGCCAUCUUUGGAGGUCUGUUCGCAGAUUGCUGUGGUAACGGCCUCAAGUAA